AUGAUGACAUCUUCCAUAGCUGAGAUGCUUCACAGAGGGAGGAUGUUGUGGAUAAUUCUUCUAAGCACAAUUGCUCUAGGAUGGACUACCCCAAUUCCCCUAAUAGAGGACUCAGAGGAAAUAGACGAGCCCUGUUUUGAUCCAUGCUACUGUGAAGUUAAAGAAAGCCUCUUUCAUAUACAUUGUGACAGUAAAGGAUUUACAAAUAUUAGUCAGAUUACUGAGUUCUGGUCAAGACCUUUUAAACUGUAUCUGCAGAGGAAUUCAAUGAGGAAAUUGUACACCAACAGUUUUCUUCAUUUGAAUAACGCUGUGUCCAUUAACCUUGGGAACAACGCAUUGCAGGACAUUCAAACAGGAGCUUUCAAUGGUCUUAAGAUUUUAAAACGGCUAUAUCUACAUGAGAACAAACUAGAUGUCUUCAGAAAUGACACCUUCCUUGGCUUGGAAAGUCUGGAAUAUCUGCAGGCAGAUUACAACGUCAUUAAACGUAUUGAGAGUGGGGCAUUUCGGAACCUAAGUAAAUUGAGGGUUCUGAUUUUAAAUGAUAAUCUCAUCCCCAUGCUUCCAACCAAUUUAUUUAAGGCUGUCUCCUUAACUCAUUUGGACCUACGUGGAAACAGGUUAAAGGUUCUUUUUUACCGAGGAAUGCUAGACCACAUUGGCAGAAGCCUGAUGGAGCUCCAGUUGGAAGAAAAUCCUUGGAACUGUACAUGUGAGAUUGUGCAACUAAAGAGUUGGCUGGAACGCAUUCCUUACACUGCCCUGGUGGGAGAUAUCACCUGUGAGACCCCUUUCCAUUUCCAUGGAAAGGAUCUUCGAGAAAUCAGGAAGACAGAACUCUGUCCUUUGUUGUCUGACUCUGAGGUGGAGGCUAGUUUGGGGAUUCCUCACUUGUCAUCAAGCAAGGAGAAUGCAUGGCCAACUAAGCCUUCCUCAAUGCUGUCCUCUGUCCACUUGACUGCUUCCUCUGUUGAAUACAAGUCCUCAAAUAAACAGCCGAAGCCCACAAAACAGCCCCGAACACCAAGGCCACCCUCCACAUCCCAAGCUCUAUAUCCUGGUCCAAACCAACCUCCCAUUGCUCCUUACCAGACCAGACCACCCAUUCCCAUAAUAUGCCCUACUGGGUGUACCUGUAAUUUGCACAUCAAUGACCUUGGUUUGACUGUAAACUGCAAAGAGCGAGGAUUUAAUAACAUUUCUGAACUUCUUCCAAGGCCAUUGAAUGCCAAGAAACUGUACCUGAGUAGCAAUCUGAUUCAGAAAAUAUACCGUUCUGAUUUCUGGAAUUUCUCUUCCUUGGAUCUCUUGCACCUGGGGAACAAUCGUAUUUCUUAUGUCCAGGAUGGGGCCUUCAUUAACUUGCCCAACCUAAAGAGCCUCUUCCUCAAUGGCAAUGAUAUCGAGAAGCUGACACCAGGCAUGUUUCGAGGCCUACAGAGUUUGCACUACUUGUACUUUGAGUUCAACGUCAUCCGGGAAAUCCAGCCUGCAGCCUUCAGCCUCAUGCCCAACUUGAAGCUGCUAUUCCUCAACAAUAAUUUGCUGAGGACCCUGCCAACGGAUGCCUUUGCAGGCACAUCCCUGGCUCGGCUCAACUUGAGGAAGAACUACUUCCUCUACCUUCCUGUGGCUGGUGUCCUAGAACACUUGAAUGCCAUUGUCCAGAUAGACCUCAAUGAGAAUCCUUGGGACUGUACCUGUGACCUGGUCCCCUUCAAACAGUGGAUAGAAACCAUCAGCUCAGUCAGUGUGGUGGGCGAUGUGCUUUGCAGGAGCCCUGAGAACCUCACCCACCGCGAUGUGCGCACUAUUGAGCUGGAAGUUCUCUGCCCAGAGAUGCUGCACGUCCCACCAGCUGGAGCAUCCCCAGCCCAGCCUGGAGAGUCUCACCUUGCUGGGGGUCCAACAAGUGCAUCACCUUAUGAGUUCUCUCCCCCUGGGGGCCCUGUGCCGCUUUCUGUGUUGAUUCUCAGCCUGCUGGUUCUGUUCUUUUCAGCAGUCUUUGUUGCUGCAGGCCUCUUUGCUUAUGUACUCCGACGGCGCCGGAAGAAGCUCCCCUUUAGAAGCAAGAGGCAGGAAGGUGUGGACCUUACUGGCAUCCAGAUGCAGUGCCACCGGCUUUUUGAGGAUGGUGGAGGUGGUGGAGGUGGAGGUCGACCAACUCUUUCCUCCCCAGAGAAGGCCCCUCCUGUGGGUCAUGUAUAUGAGUACAUCCCCCAUCCAGUUACUCAGAUGUGCAACAACCCCAUCUACAAGCCUCGGGAAGAGGAGGAGGUGGCUGUUUCAUCAGUCCAGGAGGCAGGGAGUGCAGAACGUGGGGGCCCUGGGACACAACCACCAGGAAUGGGUGAGGUUCUUCUAGGAAGUGAGCAGUUUUCUGAGACACCCAAGGAGAACCACAGCAACUACCGGACCUUGCUGGAAAAAGAAAAGGAGUGGGCCCUGGCAGUGUCCAGCUCCCAGCUCAACACCAUAGUGACGGGGAAUCAUCAUCAUCCUCACCCUCACCACCCAGCAGUUGGUGGGGUUUCAGGGGUAGCUGCGGGAAGUGGGGGAGACUUGGCUGGGUUCCGCCACCAUGAGAAGAAUGGUGGGGUGGUGCUGUUUCCUCCCGGGGGAGGCUGUGGUGGUGGCAGUAUGCUACUAGACCGAGACAGGCCACAGCCAGCUCCCUGCACAGUGGGAUUCGUGGACUGCCUCUAUGGCACAGUGCCCAAAUUAAAGGAACUGCACGUCCACCCUCCUGGCAUGCAAUACCCAGACUUACAGCAGGACGCCAGGCUCAAAGAAACCCUUCUCUUCUCGGCUGGAAAGGGCUUCACAGACCACCAAACCCAAAAAAGUGAUUACCUCGAGUUAAGGGCCAAACUUCAAACUAAGCCGGAUUACCUCGAAGUCCUGGAGAAGACAACAUAUAGGUUCUAA